GCACCACACAGCAUGGCCUCCUCCUCCCAGCACAACAAAAAGGCCACCAAGCGCAAGUCGACCGCCGCCCACGGCGAAGUCACCAUCGACGUCGCAGAGGGCACCACCGGCGUCGCCCCGUCCUUCGCCAACUUUCCCUCAGUCAGGCCCUCAAAAAACACUGCGUUCGGUGUCUACACCAGAGAUCCCGGAUCUAGGGCCGACUUUUCUCAACAGCACACUCUGGUAGCUGGUGAGACAGAGGAUGUCGAAUUCUUCAGUACCAACCGAGACAGGCAAACCAACACUGAGGGUUCAGACUGCCAAUAUCUUCCCGCCGUCUAUGACCCCUCCACCAAAACUCUCCACGUCCACCCCUCUACCCCUCUCUACCUCUUCGCCCACCGAGUCAAGCGCCUCCGUACCGCCCCCGUCUCUGCCCCGCCCGCCCAAGCUGCCAAGGCUCAAUGGCGACAGGAACGAAACGACCUUGGUGAAGCAUUCGGUACCCGAAAGGCCAAGGCACAGAUCAAGAGCGAGGAGAGAAACAAGGUCAACGCCGAUGCUAUGCAGGAUGCCAAGGGGCAUCUGAUGGAGACGAUUGGGGAGCUGCAGAAAGAGGAGGAAGUCACUGCGCCGAGUGACAUUAUCCCUACGCCCAAUCUUGAAACGAGUGAUCCUUCAGAGGUGUACCCGAGAGAGGCUGUCAUUCCCAACCAAGAGUGGUCAUCUAUCGAUGUCUCUCAGAUGUUGCAUACUGAGGACGACAAGGAGAGGAUUGGGUACUUGCCCUCGAGGAGAAGUUUCUGGGUGCAGAACAAGUGUCGGUCGGUGUACAACAUCAAAGACAAGGCCGCCAAGAAGACGCAAAUGAAAUACCUCUACUACCUUUCCUGCCUUCUUCAGUUCCUCGACUUUGCCCCUCGUCUCUCCAAAACCGCUGCUGCCGAGCUUACCUCCAAGUUCCCUGGCGUGCCGCAACAAAUCCUCGACGGCCUCAUCACCCGCUUCUCCGAACAAUCUGGCAGGAAGCACGCCGUCACAGAAAAGACCAAAGCCAAGCUGUUGUCUUGGAUCUGUCUGCUCUAUCUGACGUUGGAUGGGUACUCGGUGGAGGUUGGGAGGAUUGCGAAGGAUUUGAAGAUGGAGCCGGCCAAGUGAGCUUUACGUCCUUCAGUUUGGCCAGCGCUGAUGUGGCAAUUUAGGGUUGCGACGUACUACAAGCAGCUCGGUUGCAACGUCAAGCUCGCUACACCAGCCGAGCGUGAAGCUCAAGGCAUCACCCUUGCUGAAGCGGGGCAAAUGCGUCGAGCGGUUAUGGUUGCGCCUGUCAAGUUCCCCAAGACUAAGAGACGCGGGCCUGCUCAGCACUAGAAGUGGUUAGAAGGUCGUUACAUGUACUGUCAUGAGCAACGUGAAGGAGGUAUACUACUGUACCUGUCGUAUAUGGUGAGGGUAUCUUGUGUUUAUGGAUCUUAAUUAUGACAUAUAUACAAAGUCGAACGCCAGAAAGCCAGAGUGAACGAAAGCAGAAAAGCCACAAGCGGAAGAAAGAAAAAGUCGUACGAAUACCCGUGCACCCCCUGUCAUGGUUAUAGGGUCAUCUGUGUAGUUUGUUCAUUCAAGUAGUUAGUUGUGUGUUUAGUGGACCGUGCUCUCCGUAUAUAUAGAUCAAAGUCCUUUCAUAGUUCUUCGUAUGCGACAUUAACGAAAAGGUUUUUGCUUACCCCCACCUCCCCAUCUCCCCGUAUCCUCCAAGACCCCUCCCA